GACAUUGACUGACAUUUAGAUUUCAGCGAACUACCACUUCAAAAUCUUACCUUUAGAAAAUAAUUUAGUAAAUAUUCAAUAAAAAACGGCUAAUAAUAUAAAUAACACUAAAAAGUUGGUUUGGUUGAUGACAACUUGACAAGGUCAAAAUUGUGCACUAAGUUAUUGUUUACGUGAAUUAGACGAGACGUUUAGUGUGUGUGAGCACUUUUCCGUGGUACCGUGCCGUGCAUUAUGAAAAUAAACGAGAAGAAUUUAUCAGCUUUCGCGUCGUCCGCGACUCCGGUAGAUCGCGACGGAUGGCUCGACAUGCGAGGCGAAAUUGGAAAAAGCUACCAGAAGCGGUGGUUCACACUAAAAGGGAAUCUUUUGUUCUAUUUCGACAAAAAAGGUGAUAAGGAACCAGUCGGAGUUAUUAUCCUGGAAGGAUGCACUAUAGAACUGACUGAAGAAGAAGCAUAUAGUUUCAAGAUAGUGUUCCAAUGUGAAGGAGGCCGCACAUACUUCUUGUGUACUAACUCGCAAGCCUCAAUGGAGGCCUGGAUGAAAGCACUUGCAUGUGCCAGUUACGACUACAUGAAGCUCAUGGUUGGUGAACUGCAAAGGCAGCUGGAUGAAGCACAAGCUGAAGCAGCUGCAGAAGCAGCAGCUCUGGUAACCAUCACACCACCUGAGGAAGAACCAAAGGUGCCUCCGAGGGGCCAGCGGUACAACCCCUUCAACAGAGGACUUGAAGGAAGUGAAAGUAAAACUGUUCAGGGCAGUCGACAUCACAAAGAGAACUUCAGACCAGAGGUGGCCCGCAAAAAGGUGCCUUUCCGCGACAUUCACACAUCGUACGGACGAAAGAUACUGGCGGAUCGAAACGAGUGGCGCACCAAGCUCGCCAAACAGAAGACAACCACUGAUCAACCACUCAUAGAGUUAUAAGCGGGGAAGUGACAAAGGUUUAUGAAUGUUUACCAAGAUUGUAAAAUAAUGUAUCAAACAAAAGUGAGAAACUUACUGUAAACAACUAAAUCGUGAUUGAUUUGUGCCCGACCUUGUUUCGGAGUCAGACAUUGACAUGUACUAGUAUGGCGGAUUGUUUAAAAUUAUGUAUCAAACAAAAGUGAGAAACUUACUGUAAACAACUAAAACAUGAUUGAUUUGUGCCCGACCUUGUUUCGGAGUCGGACAUUGACAUGUACUAGUAUGGCGGAUUGUUUCCGAAACUCGAUGACGCUUGAUGACUAUUUUGCAUAUGGCAAAGUGAGAUACCAGAAAUUGGCUUACCAUUUAAAUAACAAUAAUAAAUUAUUAAUAAAGAAUAAGAGUCAGCGGAUGUGGUACUAGUCAGCGAUUGUCGUAAGGUUGAUAUGAUGAAGAUUCUUGAGCUAUAAUGUCUGUGUAGCAUUAUACCGGUGUACCUCAGGGAAGUGCCCUCAGUCCGACACUAUAAACGACCUAACAAAUAUUAACAUUGGGAGAGGCAAAGUAUUUUCCUAUGCCGACGAUACUGCGAUCGUGUUUUCGGAGUCGUCGUGGAAAUCAGUAUUUGAGGUAGCCACAAAAAUUUCUAAAUGGCUAAAAAAGGACCUCCUUACUUUGAACAAUAACAAAAACUACAUGUGUUUUUCUAUAAACAACAGAACACAACCUCAAAAUGAUUUAUCGGUGAAAAUACAUGAAUGUGACGGUCAAGACUAUUCCACUUGUAUGUGUACUCAGCUCCAGAAGGUUUCUACCAAUAAAAAAUAAUUGUGAGUUACACUAAACCACAAACUAUUGUGUCGUCCUCAAAUUGAGAAUGAGACAGUACGCAAACUUACCUUAUUAGUGCAAUUUGUUCUAUAGUAUUCUAUUUCUACCUUAUAUUUAUUUUGGUAAAAUGGAACGCGCCCGUUUCACUUGUCAAAUUGUAUCAGCUGGUUUUUAAAUUAUCAAUACUAGGUUUUUCGUGUUAUUUCUGUUUAAAAAAUUAUGAUUUCAAAUGGGACUAAGGCCUG